AUGGAAAAAUUAUACAAAGAUGCCAAGGAGGCAUUUGUCGGUUUUAAAAUGGACUAUUGUUGUUGGUUUGCGCCAGUUAGGGUAGGAUUAUACAUAAUAGGGUGGUUAAAUCUUGUCGCUGAUGUGGUCGCCAUAAUAGGGACAACGAACGAUUCGCUAGCACCAAUAAUAUUAAAGGUGCAAGCAGCCAUGCUUGAGGAUUUGGAGUCAAAGCUGAUGCCAUUGCUCGCGUAUUCCACGGAAAUGUGUUUCACAAUCAUGUUGCUUUGCGGCAUUUAUAGGAAAGAUGUAGUUCUAUUAACUUACUACAUAUACUACACGCUAGUGACAAUGAUAAUGGAGUUUCUAGUAUAUUCGAUGGUGUUCGUCAAACUGGACGUGAUUAUCAUCGUAGGAAUAGUAUUAAGUUUUUUGCUACAGUUCUAUACAAUAUUACUUGUUAGAAGUGUCAUCGUCGAUAUAAAGAGAACACAGGAGGUCAACGGGAAAGUUCAUUACAAUGCCGUUGAACAGCAAAUAAAGGAGAUUAGUACAAAAGUGGACGUCGAGAUUCUGCCCCCCAGCCCUUCACCGGGGCCCGAGGACUCCGUAGACCCUGAAGGUGUUUCGCCGCCGAAGGAUAAUGAAACAAGACUGGAAACAGUUAAUGAAGACCCAAAAGAAUCGGCGGAAAAACUUGAAGAAACAAAAGAAUCGACUAAUGUUUAA